AGGCCUUUGUGCUAUUGGGGAAAAUUUAGGUUGUAUGUCUUAUAGAAAAUAGUGGACGUGAUACGUUAUUUUACCAUUUUAUUUGCUGUAAGGUUUCCGAAUUUGUUUUUGAUUUCGUGGGAGAAGGGAGAGACAAGACCGUAUUCACUCGCGGAAUUGAAGGCACUGGCGAUUGCAGAUGUCGUACUACUCGUCGUCCCACGGCUCCUCCCGAAACUCGGACUGCAAGGUCUAUGUGGGAGACCUGGGCAAUGGCGCGGCCAAGGGCGAGCUUGAGCGGGCCUUCAGCUACUACGGGCCCUUACGCAGCGUCUGGGUGGCCAGAAACCCUCCCGGCUUCGCCUUCGUCGAGUACGAAGACUCCCGAGACGCCGAGGACGCUGUGAAGGGCAUGGACGGCAAAGUGCUUUGCGGCUCUCGGAUCAGAGUGGAGCUCUCCACCGGCUUGUCCAGGAAGACCCGCUACGGCCGCCCCAGUCGCAGGCACUUCGACCCUAACGACCGUUGCUACCAAUGUGGAGACAAGGGCCACUACGCGUACGACUGCUACCGCUUCAGCAAGAGAGGCGGCAGCCGGCGAAGCAGGUCUCGUUCCCGGUCCCGCUCCCGGUCCCGCUCCAGGUCCAGAGGACGUCGCUACCGCUCCCGUAGCCGUAGCAACGACCGCAGGUACCGUUCCCCAUCGUACGCCAAGCGCAGAAGCAGGUCCGGCUCUCCUGCCCGCUCCAGGUCCAGGACUCCAGUACGGAGUCGGUCCCGCUCUCGCUCCCGCUCCCGCUCCGUGUCGCGGCCCCGGGGGCGCUCUGUCUCGCGCUCUCGCUCCCGGUCCCGAUCACGCUCCAGGUCCCGCUCCCCCAGCCCCAAGAGAGACGGGUCACCCAUCCAAGAAUGACCUGGCCAGACCUUGCUUAGCUUCAGAGACGCACAAAGCUGAUCAGCUCAGACUCCAGGGGGCAGUGUUUGGGUGACGGCUGGAGGCCCCUCUUUUUUUUUUUUUUUCUUUUUUCUUCCUCAGAUCCAGCCUCCCUGUUGAUUAGCUUCAGUGAAAACAAAACCCAAAAGAGAGAAAUCAGACGUGAUCAGACUCCAGAGACGAAUCUGCAGGCUUUUUUUUUGUUUUUCUUAGAGUGGGGGAGUCGACCUGCGCAAGCCCUGACCAGGUUCAUCCUUGCUGAGUUUUUUUAACGUCCGCGAGGGAAAAGAGCUGACGAGACCUCAGCCUCCGCCCAUCGGGGGUUAAAGAGGUCGUCCGACGCACGUUUCGACAAGACACUUCCUGCGCAUACACACAUCGCUCUUCUCCCUCCCCUCCCCCCUACCCCCACCCCCCUUCAUUACCCACCUGAACGCCGCGAUGAGAUCAGUCAUCCGCUGCCUUGUAAGCCCCGCCCAAAGAUCCGGCCUCUCGCUUAGCUUCUGAGGGUGGGAGGAGACCUGACGAGAGAUCAGUCUUCAAGACCCUCCAGUGUGUCUACAAGUUCUCGCGUCCGUCGAGUCUCUGUUCUUGUUGUUUCUGCCAGUGUCUCCAAAGGUAACCCAUUCAAGAGUCAAUGUCAUUUAUGAUCAGAACCCAGCGCCGAACGCAUAUACUCCCAAGACUGCAGUAGCAAAGCCAUUCAUGCAGUUUCUCUGUGGCAUAGCCUUUUCAGUACUCCAUUCCCUCCCUAACUGUUUUUAGGUCUGUGUUUUAGAUCUGGAUAAUAGGAACUGAACGGGUAGUAGUGUUGAAUUAAUAACCUGUGGGAGGGUUUGCCUGAUUUAUGUUCAAUAAAACUAGAGCGUUUAGCUGUUGGUCUUGGGAGAUGCAGCAUUAGCCUGACAUUACUCUGUGGCUUUAGUGUUUUAACUUGAGCUGUUAAUUCUGCCACUUGUCCAUAAAGUAGUUGUUCCCGUGUGUUGGAUUGAAUGGCUGGGACUUGGGUUCCCCUGGGUUCUGAAUCACAUGUGCGUCUGGGGCUGCUGCAGCCCAGAGCACAGCCUUUGUCCUCUUAAGUACCAGGUGCAGGGGAAUCGCGUGCCUAAGAAUAUGCUUAUUGGAGGCAGUCUUGUUAUCCCCCCCCCCGCCGUUUUUGGUUUGGUUUGGGGGGGUAGGGUGGAAGUGCAGGACCCACACUCUGUCCUCGGCUCCUGUCCGACUCCCAGCCUCUCCCUGCUGGGUGGUGUUCACACCUCAGAUGGCCCACUCACCGCUAACUCCUGGCUCGUCAGCUUCCUUCAUCCCCGAUGAAUGCCUUUGCAAGAUCCUUUUUGUUUCAUUAUGUAGUGUAAUGUAAUUUAAAUUGGAAAGGUGUGAGUGACGCACUGCCCCCCUCCUGUGGCCCUGGCCUUCCAUUACCGGAGCACUUUGAGGUGGUCUGGUCGUGGGGGAGCAGCGCUGAGUGGGUCUUGCAGGGGUCAAACGUGCUGAGGGGGAGCUGGGAGCGGGGCAGGAGCCGGGGAAGGGUGUGCGCGGGAGGCACUGCCGCUGUGGAGGCUGGUUCCUCUGCUGCCCCGUACUAACGCCCCUCUCUGUUCCUUUCAGCCGUUCCAGGUCCGCCAGCCAGAAAAAGAGCCCCACUCCCAACGGUGACUGACGGGGAGAAAGGAGGACCCCCCUCCCCAAUUCCCCCACCCUAUAACCCUACCCUCUCCCCUCACCCACCCUUGGAGCUUUGAAGGCUUUUUAUUUGAUAAUUUCUGUCUGUUAAUUUUAAGGCUACCCUCCUCCUUUGUCCCAUUACUUUCUAUAGCCGUGCAAGUUUCAGUUGUAUCAUGUCUGGCCCAGCCCCGUCCCCCUCAGUCCAGACGGCACAUUCCACAAACUGCCUGUUUGGAUGUUUCAUCUGCCCUGGUUUAAUUUUUUUUUAAUUUUUUUUUUUUUUUAAAGAAAUUAGAUAUUUAAGUAUUUUUAGCUUUUUAUUAUUUUAUUUUUCUUUUCUCAAUUUUGUUUGCCAGUCUUACUUUCACUUUUUUUUUUCUGAACUCCCAAUAUGACGGAUACAGCGUGGGGCACGCAGAAGUUGGUGGUUUGAGUUGUAAUGUGCUGUAGUUGUGAGUGUACAGGACCCUCAAUGGUUCGGCCAACAUGAAAUUGCAUCAGAGCUCAGCUGGAAACAGGAUUUCAUUUUUCUUCUCUUUGGAAUGUAACUUCCUGGAAAAUGGUCAUUUGAUUUUUUUUAAAUAAAGUACUUGUACACAAA